AUGACCGUGCAUGUACCAUAUAGUGCUUGGAGUGAACAGUGUCGAGCACUACUUGAAGUUCAUUCAAAACUAGAUGCUCUUUGCGUUUGCGAUCAUGGAAGUCGUGUACUAGGAAGUGCAUUUAAAAUCCCGGAAUUUGCGAGUAUAACUAAUUUGAGUACAAAUCAAGUUCGUGCUAUACGUUUGGUUAUGGCAAAAAUUGGCACACAAAAACUAAAUAUUGAUUUUUUAAAUGAUCGUUUUGUUGUUAUUGAUGCAAACAAUGAAAUGUUAUCAGCUAAAUCUGGUAAAAAAAGUUUAUUUGUUGAAUUAACUAAAACAUUAUGUGUAUUCGGUUUGUCAAUGGAUACAGAGACUGAAAAUAAACAUGCAACUGCGCUUGAAGCAAUGCGAGAUAUACAAAAGUAUUAUGAAGAUGCAGAAUUUUAG